UUUUCCAGUGUUUAGAUUUUAUCCAUGUUAUUAAUGAGGCAGGCAAAAGGCCCGUGCCUGGGUGGGAAGAGGGCUGCUCCCGCCCCACCAGGGGGAGGGGGUCACGGGGUCCAGGCCAACUCCCAGGGAGCCCCCCUUCCUGGGGGGGGCCUGGGGGCCAGGAGCAUAGGGAGGGGGGUCUCUGACGCCCCAGGUUCGCUUCAGGCGUGCACUGGGUGGAGCAGCCCCUGGAGGCCCUGUCGGUGGCGGGAGGAGGCAGAGAGCCUAGGAGCCGCCCAGGGAGGGGAGGGGGGGGCCGGAGGGAGCGGCCUGCCGAGAGCUUGGGUGCAGCAGGCCAGCUUAGCGGGCAGCAGGGACCAAGCAGCAGGCGAUGGGGGGCCUGUGUCCCAGGCAGCACCUGCCCCACCCCCGGCACCUGAUAUGAGUCCUUGCGGGCCCCUCAACCUGAGCCUGGCGGGCGAGGCGACCACGUGUGCAGCGCCCGGGGCCCCCAACGCGUCGGCGGGGCCGCCCUCUGGCUUGGCGGGCGCGUCGCCGGCGCUGCCCAUCUUCUCUAUGACGCUGGGCGCCGUGUCCAACGUUCUGGCGCUGGCGCUUCUGGCGCAGGCCGCCGGCCGACUGCGGCGCCGCCGCUCAGCCGCCACCUUCCUGCUCUUCGUCGCCAGCCUGCUGGCUACCGACCUGGCGGGCCACGUGAUCCCGGGCGCUCUGGUGCUGCGUCUGUACGCCGCGGGGCGCGCUCCUGCUGGCGGCGCCUGCCAUUUCUUGGGCGGCUGCAUGGUCUUCUUCGGCCUGUGCCCGCUGCUGCUGGGCUGCGGCAUGGCCGUGGAGCGCUGCGUGGGCGUCACGCAGCCACUGCUGCACGCGGCGCGGGUGUCGGUGGCCCGUGCGCGCCUGGCUCUGGCUGCGCUGGCCGCCGUGGCCUUGGCCGUAGCGCUGCUGCCGCUGGCACGCGUGGGCCACUACGAGUUGCAGUACCCGGGCACCUGGUGCUUCAUCGGCCUGGGCCCGGCGGGCGGCUGGCGCCAGGCGCUGCUCGCUGGCCUCUUCGCUGGCCUCGGCCUGGCCGCGCUGCUCGCCGCGCUCGUGUGCAACACGCUCAGCGGCCUGGCCUUGCUGCGCGCCCGGUGGCGCCGCCGCUCUCGACGGCGGUCCCCGGCCUCCGGCCCUGACAGCCGCCGCCGCUGGGGGACACGCGGGGCCCGAACUGCCUCCGCCUCAUCCGCCUCUUCGGUCGCUUCGGCCUCUGCCGCCCCCGGCGGCUUCCCGGGCCGUGGCUCGGCGCGCAGAACCCGCGCCCACGACGUAGAGAUGGUGGGCCAGCUCGUGGGUAUCAUGGCGGUGUCGUCUAUCUGCUGGAGCCCGCUGCUGGUGUUGGUGGCGCUGGCUGUCGGGGGCUGGGGUACCAGUUCCCUGCAGCGGCCACUGUUUUUGGCCGUGCGCCUCGCCUCCUGGAACCAGAUCCUAGACCCCUGGGUGUACAUCCUGCUACGCCAGGCCGUGCUGCGCCAACUGCUUCGCCUCCUGCCCCCAAGGGCUAGCGCCAAGGACAGCCCUGCAGGGCUGGGUCUAACUAGGAGCGCCUGGGACGCCAGCUCGCUGCGCAGCUCCCGGCACAGUGGCCUCAGCUACUUCUAAGCGCGCCCAGAAUCCCAGUGGCUAAGCCAGACCACCCCGGGCCGGGCCCAGGUCCGCAGUGCGGAGCCUUCGGGGAAUAAAGCCAUUUUGUGCACAAA